UGCCUCUUCCACUCUCAACUCAAUCUUCCAAAAUUAAAACACUUCCCUCAAAGCUCUUCCUAGCUUUCUCUGUUUUAAGCGAUUCUGUUCUUCCAGAAGAUCUGUAGCUCUAUCCAUGGCGACCUCUUACGAAGAUGUUUCUUCUGCUCUGCAGUUCAUCAAGCUUCACUUGCUUGGUGAGGUAUCCCCUGUGCCUCUGCCCUGCCUAUCUAAUUCAGACAAUGAGAUUUCGUCCUUUGAAUCUUGUUCUCAAACUUCGGGUUCCAUGCCAGUCUCCGACUUUUUCAGCUACAACGACCUCUUCGAGUUUCCGAAAAUUAUGGACCUCACUGCGCCUAUAUCCCUCGAUUCUAAUAAUGAUUUCUUCGAAUCCGAAUCCAAACCCAAUUCCCAAACUUCGACCUCCUACUCCCCCCAAUCAAUCGGCAAUUGCUUCGCAUUCGAAUCGAGACCGCAAACGAACAGAACGAAACCUUCUCUGAUGAUCUCGCUCCCGAUCAAAAGCACCACCAAGUUGCUCCAAUUCGACGAUCAUAAUCACCAGCCGGAUCCAUCAUCGGUCCCGUCUGUGGUGCAAAACGAGAGUUUGGAAGGGAAAAAGCACUACAGAGGGGUCCGACGAAGGCCUUGGGGCAAGUACGCAGCGGAGAUCCGAGAUCCUAACCGGCGCGGCUCGCGUGUAUGGCUCGGGACCUUCGACACGGCUAUAGAAGCCGCAAAGGCCUACGACCAAGCCGCGUUCAAACUCCGCGGCUCGAAAGCCAUACUCAACUUCCCACUCGAAGCCGGGAAGUCGGAGACAAUGAAAAAGGUCGACGGGAGAAAACGAUAUCGCGUGGAGGAGGAAGAGGUAGUUGUCCUUAAGAAGGAGAGGUUGAUGGAAACGGAGGACAGUGCCAGUGCUUCUUCCUCGAGGAAUAUCCCAUUGACGCCGUCAAAUUGGACGGCGGUAUUGGACGGUGAUCUUGAAGGGAUUUUUAACGUUCCGCCGCUGUCUCCUCACCCGCCAUUUGGUUAUUCACAGCUUAUGGUCAUAUGAUCAGUACUUAUUUGAUUACGGAAUUCUGUUUAUAAUGUGUAUGCUAAGGUUUUUCAAAAGGAGAAGCUGAUUGAUAAUAUUAUUUGAUGGAAAA